UCACUAAGUUCGUUAUUCAAUAUGUCAUUGAUAGUAACUAGGAACAACUUGUCUGGGAAACGACUCUCCUAGUGCAGAAUGGCACUGAAAUCGCUUGUUCAUUCUUUUCGCAGUUUAACGUCUUUUAAGGCAGUUAUUGCUACUGCUGGUGUCGGUAUCACAUCUGUGUCUGUAAUGUGGAUGAAGCGUCGCUCGUUUGUGUCGGCCGAGCAGGCGGCAAGCGGAGCUCUCCAUCCCAAGGAGUUUCGAUGGUUUAAGUUGAGUGAAGUACAGCGUAUCAGCCACAACACAGCUCGGUACCGCUUCGAACUGCCUAACCCAGACGAUGUGUUGGGACUGACAGUAGCCAGUUGUCUGGUGGUGAGAGCUCCAAUAGGAGAGAACGAAAAAUAUGUUGUUCGCCCUUACACACCAAUCACACUGAUUGAUCAACGUGGGUUUUUUGACUUGCUUGUCAAGACAUACCCACAGGGUGUCAUGAGUAAGCACAUUGCAUCAUUGACACCUGGUGACAAGCUCGAGUUCCAGGGACCAUUCAAGAAAAUUGAUGUGGCACCAAAUAUGAAGAAACACAUUGGAAUGAUUGCUGGAGGAACAGGUCUCACACCCAUGCUGCAGGUGGUAAGAGAACUCCUACUUCGUGCUGAAUCAUCAAACAUGCUGCUAACCCUAGUAUUUGCCAAUGUUACCGAAGACGAUAUUCUCCUUCGUGACCAACUCGACCAACUAGCUGAACAACAUAAAAACUUCAGUGUCCACUAUGUACUAGAAAAGCCACCAGCCAAGUGGCAAGGCAGUACUGGCUAUGUAACAGCCAACAUCAUUAAUAAGUAUUUGCCAUCUCCUGGUUCUGACAUUGUAAUCAUGGUAUGUGGUCCACCUCCAAUGAUGAAGGCAAUUUCAGGAGACAAAGUUAGUCCCAGGGAGCAAGGAGAAGUGGAAGGUCUGUUGAAGGAUUUGGGCUACACAAAAGACAUGGUAUUCAAGUUCUAAGAUUGGGUGACUAGCAGUUAUCAUUAUGCAAUGAACUACGAGGUAGUAGAUGAGAUAGAAAUGACAUGUGUACAUGUUUGUUUCAGUUAGUAGGUACGGUUUGUUUAUAUUGUGGUAGGACAUGUUUACUAUUUGUAUGAGCAUCACUGGAAUAAUGGCAAGCUUUAGAUUGUUUCA